UUUUCAUAAUUAUUAAUAAAAAAAAAAUACAUUAAAAAAUACUUUUAAAAUUAAAUGAAUAUCUAUAAUAUUUGCUUAGUCUCUUUGUUUUUAUUUGGAGUAAUUUAAGCUGUUAUAUGCCCUGCUGGUUAAACUGUUGCCGCUGGUGCAGUAGUUUGCUCUGAUUGCCCUGCUAACACCUGGAAAGCUGCUGCUACUGCUGAUGUCGCCGCUGGAACUGCUUGUACUCCUUGUCCUGAUAAAACAGCUGUAGCCGCUGGUAAAGGAACUAAAGCUGAAGAUUGUGUUGCUACUUUUGGCGCAGCUUUAUAUGCUGGUUUUGCAUUUUUAUUUGCUUAUUUAUUGUUGUGAUUUUAAAUAAUAAUUUGUUUUUUUAUAAUAUUAAAAAAUUUGACAAUUAAAUACAUAAAUUUUC